AUGUCCGAUCAGCAGGAUAUGCUGGAAAAUAAAAUGGCAAUGUUGCAUAAUUUCAUUCAAACCAGUGAAAGAUAUUCUCCUAAAUUUGAUGGUGAUUUUGUGACAUUAUGGCCAAGAGAACAAACGAUUAAUGUAAAUUAUACUAUUCCCGAGAACAGUAACCGGGAUGAAAACAAAAUUAUAGAUAAGGAUAUUUCAAUCAAGCAUGAACUGUAUAAAAAAAUAAAUAGUAUUGGCAAAAAUGAAUGGUUCAUUGAUGAAAACUUAAUGGAAUAUUUACCUCAAUUUCAAAAGUCAAAGAAAAUUUCUAACAACGAUACUAAUUGUCAAAGAAACGACCGAGCUUCAUUAAACUUUAUAAGAGACAAUCCUAGUCAGUCAGUACAAAAUCAGGUAUGUCCAUAUGGUGAAUUUUAUCACAGUAGCUCAAAUACAAAUCAAUGUUCAUCAUAUUAUGACAGUCAUAUUAAAUUCAACCCCAGAGAAGAGAAGAAUAUGCCAACAAAAGAUAAAGUAGAGAAUUGGUUAGAAAUGUCAGGUUUUAUAAAAUACAAGUACAUUGAUUCUGAAAGUAAUAUGUCAAUUCAUUGGGAAGAAAAUGAGUUUGAUUUCCAGGAUUCGGAGUAUUUUAGCAAUGAUUCGUUCUCAUUUGGAGAUUAUCAAGAUAUUAUCUACUUACAAAGUAGAAAGAUUGACUCUCUAGUUAGGAAGGCAUACUUAUCUGAACAGAAAGCAAAGCAUCAUGACUCCUUUGAUUCUUCAACCUUAUCUUCUGAAUAA